GCAGCUCUUCCCAAUGUGAAUCCGGCUUCCGACUCUGUUGUGGGGGGAGAAAGGCCCAGCAGCCUCAUCAGCACCCGUGCUCAGCUAGCAACCCGGACAGACGGGCGCCCGCAGAUCCCCCACCCUCGGAAAUCCCCCAGCCCCCAGCGCGCUCGGACCCACAAGCCACUGCCGUCUGGGUUCGGCGCCGUGGGCCGAGCCUCCCACGGUGAGGGGCGUGGGGCUGUAGCCAGCAGGUCAUAGGACAACAGAAGCUAAACCCAACGCACACGCAGAGGGCGAUGGCCGCCGAGACGCUCAAUUUUGGACCGGAAUGGCUCCGCGCGCUGUCCAGUGGGGGCAGCGUGGCCUCCCCCCCGCCCUCUCCUGCCAUGCCAAAGUACAAGCUCGCGGACUAUCGCUACGGCAGAGAAGAGAUGCUAGCACUUUAUGUCAAAGAGAACAAGGUCCCGGAGGAGCUCCAGGAUAAGGAAUUCGCUGCCAUUCUCCAGGAAGAGCCACUGCAGCCGCUGGCCCUGGUCCCACUAACGGAGGAGGAGCAG